CUUCCUGUCUCACCAUCAGCAGGAACAACCUACAUUGUCCUCCUAAGUCUCUUCUUCAGCUUUCAGAAGGCCACAUUGGCCCUUGAACGCGCGCGCCGCCUCAUUUCAUGGCGGAAGUUUUUUCUUGAAAACAAAUACAGCAGGCAAAUUGGCGCCCACAUUAUGGACGCUGACCCUGAGAAGCACAGCACCCAGGUCACGAUCACCAACCUGCCUGACAAAUGCACCGCCAAAGCGCUCGUCAACCUGCUAGAUGCGGGAGCGGGUUACUGGAUCCUGAGGUUCGCAAUCAAAGAGCACACCGGGGAAGCCUUCCGUGGCCAACCCCCCUCACGAGAGCUGGUGGCGUUCGUUGAUUUCGCUUCUGAGGAGUGGGCAAAGGAGGCAUGUGGGCUGUCAGGGGACGAGGCGCUCGUUCUGGGGGGCCGGACCUUGCAAUUGCGGCUGGGGAACACGCGGCGGGGGGCGAGCGUUGCUGGGCAGAAGCGCCCCCCGCUGAAGCUCAGCCGGUGCUCGCUUCACAUGGGGACACUCGUCACCCCCCACGAGAUGAGUGUUCUGUGGAACGCCUCCGACCGGGGGCUCGACGUCGAGUUUGACUUUGCCCGGGGGCUGGUUCGCUGGUACUUUCAGACCAGCAACUCCAAGCUAAACUCCACCCCGGGAGCAAAGGGUCUGAUCGACGUCGUGCUGACUAGUCACAUGAGGGACGUCAGGAGAGUGCGGGAGCUAAAGAAUGUUCUGAAUGCGGGGCGGGUGAGCGUCCCGCUGCUGAUCCAGCUGUGGAAACCCCCCCGGGUGUCCUACCGCCUCCCGGCGCGGGAGACAUAUGAAGAUCCCAAGCUGCAGUCACGCUUUCUAUGGUACGACGAGGACGAGGACCCCUACAUCCGCACCACCGACCCCUCCCCCAACCAGACCAUGGGCCGCAGCCUCGCCUACCUGGUCUCAGCCCCCCCCUCCCACUACAAAACCUGCAAAAGCAUCGUGGAGCGUCUCCAGCACCGGCCCGCCGCGGCCCCCACUGACAUCAGCGUCUCGCACGGCUCUCCCCCCAAAGUGCCCAACGAAUCGACUUUAGACGAGGCCUUUUUCGGACUGCUGAAACGGACGGCGCCGGACGCGGCUGAACGGGCCCUCGAAAAGAUGCGCUUUACGGGGGGCUCGAACACCCCCCUAGCGAACCCCCCUGCGGAGCUGCGAACGCUCAUUGAUGCGGAGCUGGCGGAAAGCGCGAGCGACGCGGCGUCCGAAAGCUCGAGCUCGGACGGACUGUCCGAAAGCGGCUCUACUCCCCGGACCGUCCUAAAGUCUCCAAAAAUAAACGCUCUAAGUGCGCCACCCGAAAAUAUGGUUAACCUCCAAACGGAGGGUUUGGGAGAGCAACUAGCGCAGUGGCAUCUGCUCGAACACCGGCCGCCGUCGUCCGACGAAACCUCGACCGAGGAACUGGCUUCCGAGUCGAGUAGCGAACUCGACGACGAAGACACCGCCUUUGCCGCUCUGUUAGAAAACCUUCGAGCCCCUUCGCCGAGACCCCUCCAGCAAACCCCGCCCGAAACCCUCCAGCCAAACCCUCGUGGAACCCUCCAAUCAAAACCCCGCUUAAGUUCAGAACCCCUCCCCCCGGCCAGCCAGCUAUUGCCGGUGCGUCAAGUGGCGAUUACCCCGCUGCGGGUCCACGUGGCAGGGCCGUACAUGGAGCUAGGAAACAGGAUCCUGAGGCGGCGGCCGGAGCUGACGGACCGCUUCCUGCGCGUGUUCUUUACUGAAGAGGAUCUGGGGCAUCUGGGCAACGCCGCCCUCCGAGCCCCGGUCCCCCAGUUUCUGAGCAAAGACGUCCGCGUCAAACCGACGGACACCCGCAUCUUCGAGCGCGUGGCGGCCGUGUGCAAAAACGGGUUCGUGCUGGCGGGGCGGCGCUACGAGUUCUGCGGCGCGUCGACCAACCAGAUGCGCGAGCGCUCCGCGUGGUUCUUCGCGCCCAGCAGCGACGUCAGCGUGGAGGCGAUCUGGGUGGACAUGGGCAAUUUCACGAACUUCACGAACCGGUCGAAGCUGGCAGCCCGCAUGGCGCUCUGCUUCUCAACGUCCACGAGCACGCUGAAAGUACCGCCGGAUCGCGCCUGCUCGCUGCCGGACGUCCGACGAAACAGACACAUCUUCUCCGACGGCGUCGGCAAGAUUUCCCCCGCCGCGGCGGCCGACGUCGCGCGCAUCCUCGGCCUUUCCGCCGUUCCGUCCGCCUAUCAAAUCCGUUACGCCGGCUGCAAAGGAAUGGUCGUUUCAGACCCCACUUGCACCGCGACCCUAAUCCUGCGCGACUCCAUGCGCAAGUUCGACUCCAUGCACCAAGACCUGGAGAUCGUGGGCUGGAGCAGCUUCUCCCCGAGUUACCUUAACCGACAGAUCAUAACCCUGCUGGUGGCGCUCGGGAUACACGACAGGGUGUUCGAGGAGCUGCAGGACGCACAGCUGCGGAGGGUCCGGGGGAUGCUCACCGACCACCGGAAGGCGAUCGAGGUGCUGGAGAAGUCGUGCUCGGGGGACGGGCACCAGGCGCUCCAGAUGCUCAGGGCUGGGUUUCGACCCAAGUCGGAGCCGUACCUGCGCGGCAUGUUGCAGUGUAUUGCUAGUUCUCAACUGAAGGAACUGCGCUCCAAGGCGCGCAUCUUCGUGGAAAAGGGCGGCUGGUGCUACGGCGUCAUGGACGAGACGGCCACACUACAGGAAGGCGAGAUCUUCCUCCAGCUCCAGCGUCCAGAAGAGUCCUCCCCGACCCUAGUCACCGGUCUCACCAUCGUCGCCAAAAACCCGUGCCUCCACCCGGGGGACGUCCGAGUCCUCUCGGCGACCGACGUCCCCGAACUGCGCGACCGGGGCCUUGUAAACGUGGUCGUUUUUAGCCAGCUGGGCCUGCGACCGGAGCCUGACAAGGCCUCGGGAAGUGACUUAGACGGAGACAUUUACUUCGUGAGCUAUGACGCCCGGUUGGUGCCCCCGGGGGGGAGAAGUGCGGUCCCGAUGGAUUACACGGCGGCGCAGGGGAAAGACUCCAAGAAGCUGGUGACCGUCAAGGACGCCGUCGAGAACUUCUUGAGCAGCAUCCGCACCGACCCCAUUGGACAAAUCAGCAACGCCCACGUGGUGCAUGCGGAUUUGUCGCCGGCGGGCGCGUGGGACGAGGGCUGCCUGCGCCUUGCGGAGCUGGCGGCAGUCGCCGUCGACUUUCCGAAGACCGGAAUUCCGGCCAUCAUGCCGCCGGAACUAAAGCCGGCCAAGUACCCGAGCUACAUGGAGAAGAAGAACGGCGAGGAAACCUACGAGUCUACAAAGCUGCUGGGCCGUCUUUACAACAAAGUCGCCCGGCUCGCCGAGGCGCGAGACGACGAUGAUUCCGACAUUGCCGUUGAACCGCUCGAGCCCGGACCUCCCCAGCCUGCCUUCGACGCGGACGCUUUCGACCGCUCCCUUCUUGCGGACGGCUACGAGGCGCGGCUGUGGCAGGCCCGGAGAUUGAAGGCCGCGUACGAGUGGGAGCUGGCGAAGCUGAUGCAGCGGAACGGAAUCCGGGCGGAAGCGGAAGUGGUGACCGGAAACGUGAUGCACCUCGCGGACUUCCAGAAGCGGCGGAAGCUGUCCGAAGUCCGGGACAGGGUGCGGUUCCACUACACCGACCUCAAAAAGGACUUCCGCUGGCGGCUCGAGGCCGCCCACCAGCUCCCGGCGCACCACCUCUCGGGCGCCUUCAAAGAGCGCUCCGCAGACUCGGACCCGCCCGGUUGCAAGCUGUGCAACCGGGAAGAGCGGACGUCCGGCGCGCAAUCCGAUUGCGUCCUGAGGCCCUGUCCGCAAUUCCGGGCGCUUGCCAGCGCCUGCUAUUACGCCUGCUACAGGUCGGACGGUGCGAAGUCGGGGCCUCAUUGGUGGCGGGACGGGAAGAUGUACAGUUUUGCGUGGGUAGCGGCAGAUGUUUUGGGGGCGAUCAAGGGGCAGCGGGGCGAGGGCUGAGAAGAAGGGGGCUUCUACGAUCUACUGAGAUUCAGCGAGAAGGGCUUUGGCUUCUUGCGAACGGCUGUUCGAUCAGGCGACUUAGAGCUGGCUCGUGGUGCGAGGCAAAACAAGACAGCAAGUGAAAAGCCGUCAGUGAAGCAGACACAGAACAAACGACAUUGGACAUGGACAUGGACCGCUCUCACAAAAGAUUGGAAUUAUUACGCAUGCAGACUUAUGAGCACAAUAAGGUGCGCGGGCCGCACUCUGGCCAUGUACGUCGAAGCAUGACGCUUUUGAUCGUUGAGGCAGCUCAGUACCAGGUUAAAAAGUGACCCUGCUAAAGAGAUUCUCUGAUGCGCUUGACGAAGUUCUAAUCAAAAUAACAUGUCAGGACUCCAUUCCAACGG